AUAAUAUAAUAAUAAUAAUAAUUCCAGCCAAUCUUGACCAAAAAAAAAUCCCAGCCAAUCUUCAUUCCUUUCCUCUGACGCAAACGCAUCAUCGCGACGGCGCAAACCGUUUCCGCCCCGGAGUAAGGUUCUAGUUAGGAACUCGUUUCACCUUUUACAUCUCUUUUGUUUCAGGAAGUAUAUUGUGGAUAUUUAUAGGAAAAGAAUGAGAACUGAAGCCUUCCGAACUGCUAACAUCUAUCGCCAUCUUCUCAAGGCGGUCAAGAAACAUAUUGGGAAAGAAGAGAAUAAGAGACAUUUUCUAGAAUAUGUCACCUCCGAGUUCCACAAGAACCGAAAUCUAUCUGAUGGUGUGGCUGUCCAACAUAAAAUAAAGCUUGCUCGUGAUUACACUUACCUUCUUAACAACUUGCACUAUCACAAGGAGUUGCUUUUCUCAUAUAACAUUGCAGUGGAUAGAUCAGACGAGGUUAAAAGGACUCUUGGAAAAUCUGCUGCUAGUGUCGGUCUUCAGCUUCCUGAGGUUUAUCGAUCAUAAUGAUUUUAUGAUCGGCAGUGCUUACCAAACCAGUUGAUUAUGGUUGAUUCGAAAUUUCUACUAAUGAAAAUGGUUUGGUAGAAAACAUGAAAUAAAAAGAUGAGUAAGCAUCAAGGAGGAUGAAAAAAUAUAUAUUUUUUAUGCAUUAGUUCAUGUUUUUUCCAAUAACAAGAACUAUUGUCAUUGUGUAUUAGAUCUUUGUUUCAGGUUAAUGUAUUUCCAUGUCUCUUCACAAUGUGUUUAUAUAAGCGCACAGUGUGUUUUUUCAAAAGUAAUUUGAGAUUCUUUUA